AUGCCCGGGGAGGCGGCCCGCGCUGAGCUGCUGCUGCCCACGGGGGGUGGCCCGGGCCCCCGCACAGUUGAACCCCAUGAUGCUGCUGCCUCUACUCCCAGUGGGGACCUGCCAACGCCUGGGGACUUGUCCAUGAGGGGAGACCUAACUCCAGGACCAGUUUCCAUCCCCUUGACCUUCCUACCCUCCAAGCAGGGUGACCGGCCACAGCCAGAGGGGGCCAGCUCAGAUGCUGGGGUGGGCAGUACCAGUUCUAGCCGAACUGCCUUGGGAGAGUGCAGUCCUGUGGUGGGACCCCACAAAGGACUCUCCGAGGAACCCCUCAUCCUGGAGAGUCUGGAGCCUCGGGUUGUGAUGGGUGAGGAAACAAACAGUAGUGGCCCCCAGCAGGCUGCCACCGAGCUGCCCAAGGAGCCCCAGGCAGCUGAACCCCUGAUGGUGACAGAUUCAGAGCUCAGGGACUUGGAGGGCAGGCGGGCUGGCCCCAGCCCGCCCCCCGAGCUGCUCUCUCAGGGUGACCUCCCUGUGCCUUCCCCCCGCCUGGACCCAGACCCUUACUUCACAGCUCCUUCCACCCCCACCAAGGUGGCCUGUUCCUAUCUGUUCACCCACUCUCUCUGCCUGAGUGAGGAACCCAGCGACACUGAGGUUGAUAUCCCUGGCUCACCACCCACGUCCCCCUCAGGUUCCUACAUCACUGCAGAGGGGGGCAGCUGGGCCUCUUCCAGCAGCUUUAGCACAUCACCAUCCUGUUCCCCCAACCCUUUAAUGGAGACCGAGGGGCUGGACUCUCCGGAGAAUGGGGACUUCUCCCUACUCUAUUCCAACGAGGAAGGUGGCCAAGAGAGUCCCCUUGAUGGGGCUUCUGACUCAGAUGACACAGAACUUCUGCCUUCGGGGCCCCAGGACCUCCCCUCCUCCGAGUCAAGUCUCUCUGGGGACAGUGGUUCCUCUUGGAGCACAGGGAGAAGGGAGGAUUCUUUCCCUGAUGUUGGCUUCCCUGGCAGCGAGCCUAUGAUCCCGGCUACCUUGCUGCCUUUCAGAGGCAGUCUGAUCUUCGAGGCUGAUGCUGUGGAGAUCAUGUUGUUGCCUCAGGAGGAAGCUCUGAGUAGAGACAGUGAAGGUGAGGACGACAGUACCUCAGCCUCCUUCCUACGGUCCCUGUCAGAGAUGUCCAUCAACGAGGGUGUGGAUGAGGCUUUCGCCUUCCGAGAUGACACUUCGGCUGCCUCUUCUGACUCUGACUCAGUUUCCUAUGCCGGGGAAGAAGAUGAGCGGCUCUAUAGUGAAGAGCCCCAUGCCCAGCCUCCAGCUCCUCUCUGGCUCAGCUCCCCAGAGUCUGGGGAGAGCUUAGCUGAUAAGAAGGAAGAAUUAGGAUCUAUAAAUCUCCCAGCCCAGUGGACAGAGCCUACUGCCAUGGCAUUGACCCCUCAGGGCCUACAAGAAACAGGUAUAGAGCCCAUUGCAGUGACAACAUCUCAUACCAUACGAGAAGUAGCAGACCUAGAACCUGUUGUGUCAGUGACCCCUCAGACCCUACAAGAAUCAGUAGACUUGGAACCCAUUGCCAUGAAGACAUCUUGGGCUGUGCAAGAAACAGUAGGCUUCAAACCCAUUGCCAUGAUGACAUCUCAGGCUGAACAAGAAGCAGUAGACUUAGAACCUACUGCCACGAAGACAUCUCAGGCUGUACAAGAAACAGUAGACCUAGAACCUGUUACCAUGAAGACAUCUCAGACCAUACAAGAAACAGUAGGCCAAGAAUCCAUUGCUAUGAUGAUAUCUCAGACCACAGAAGAAGCAGUAGACCUAGAACCCAUUUCCAUGAAGACAUCUCAAGAUGUACAAGAAACAGUAGACCUAGAAACCAUUGCCAUCAAGACAUCUCAGACCAUACAAGAAACAGUAGACCAAGAACCCAUUGCUGUGAUAUCUCAGACCACGGAUGAAGCAGUAGAUCUAGAACCCAUUACCAUGAAGACAUCUGAAGUUGUACAAGAAACAGUAGACCUAGAACCCAUUACCAUGAAGACAUCUCAGACCAUAGAGGAAGCAGUAGACCUAGAACCUAUUACCAUAAAGACAUCUCAAGCUGUACAAGAAACAGUAGACCUAGAAACCAUUGCCAUCAAGGCAUCUCAGACCAUACAAGAAACAGUAGACCAAGAACCCACUGCUAUGAUAUAUCAGACCAUAGAAGAAGCAAUAGACCUAGAACCCAUUGCCACAGUGACAUCUCAGACUAUAGAAGAAGCAGACCUAGAACCCAUUGCCAUGAUGACAUCUCAGGCCAUUCAAGAAUCAAUAGAUGUAGAACCCAUUGCCAUGAAGACAUCUCAGACUAUAGAAGAAGCAGUAGGUCAAGAACCCAUUGCCACAAAACAAUCUCAGACCAUACAAGAAACAAUAGCUAUAGAACCCAUUGCCAUGAAGACUUCUCAGACCAUAGAAGCAGUAGACCUAGAACCUGUUGCUAUGAUGAUAUCUCAGACCACAGAAAAAGCAGUAGACUUAGAGCCUGUUGUCAUCAAGACUUCUCAGACCAUACAAGAAAUAGUAGGCCAAGAAACCACUGCUACAAAGACAUCUCGGAGCACACAAGAAACAGACCUAGAACCUGUUGCCACAAAGACAUGCCAGACCAUACAAGAAGCAGCAGGCCUAAAACCCAUUGCCUUGACAUCUCAGGCCCUACAAGAAACGGCAGACCUAGAAUCCAUUGCCAUGAAACCAUCUCAGACCCAAAAAGAAAUGAUAGGCUUAGAACCCAUUGCUAUGGCAGUGACUCCUCAGAUUCUACAAGAAGUAGGUCCAGAAUCUAGUGCUGUGACACAUCAGACAUUACAAGAAGCAAGCCUGAAGCCCACUGCUGUAGCAGCAACCCCUCAGACUCCACAGGAGGAAAUGAGCUUUACCUUGGGCUUGGAGCCUAUUGCUCUGGAAAUGCUUCAGGCUGACAGAACCCAGGAAACACCAGAGACUCUCCUUGCCAGGGUCCAGGAGGUGAGAGAGGAAGAGAAACAAGAGUGGCCCCAGGGUGAAGGAGAGUCCUUUCAGGCAGAAGGGCUGGAGUCAAAGGAGGGCCCUAUUGUCUGCCUCAAUACAGAUGGGGGAGCUGAAUCAUUGUUUCCCCAGAGAGAAGCUCUGCCAGAGGCCUGGAAGCUGGCAGAAGAUGGCCAAGAUCAAGGCGCUGAGGGGCAAAAGGGGCUAGUUGGUGAGGAUGAAGGAGCUCACUUGGACCCUCUGACUGAAAAAAGUUCUGUGGUCAUUUCUAAAGACUCUGAGAAUUCCUUGUCAAGGGAUAUUGAUGAGAAAAGGGGUCCCCCUGUCUCCCUGGAGUGUUCUCUUCAGUGGCCUCUGGAAGAGGAGCCAGAUUUGGGAAAUGAGGGCUCUGCUGGUAAGCAUGAGAGCACACAAAAGGGCUCCGUCUCUCCCACAAAGAUGGACUCUGUGUCAGGGCCACUGGAUGCUAUCCAAGCCUCUGACGAGAUUGGAGCUCCAGGACCCACUUCUGGCUCUUGCCUGGAACAAAUGGAUGUUUUGGGGAAAGAGUUACUGGCAGAGGUUGAAUUUAAUCUGGAGGAAAACUGCCCAGAGGAGCCAGCUGCUCAGAAGACUUCACCUGAUGACAAAAUCCCAGAACCCACUGGAGCCCUGGAGCCGAUGUUCAGAGCAAAGGAGUCCCAUGGCUCCCCAGUGCUGCCUGAGGGCUCCCAGCUGAAGGCCAACUUGAGGUGGGACAUUGAGCAAGCAACCUUCCUCAGGCCAGCAGAGGAGGUGCCCAGUUCCUCAUCCCCAGAGGAGUUGUCUGACCUCCCCUUCAUACCCAAACCCCAAAAGACUUUGAUUGUUGCUUCCAUGCCCACUGUGGGCACUGACAAGACUGGAGGCCCCAAACUUCUGGUGGACAGAGCUCCUUCCUCUCUUCUGUCCUCUACUAGCUGUUCCCCUGAAGAACCACGAGGGGCAGGAGAAGAGAAGAGGACCCUGCCUCAGAGCUCCUCAGGCAGGGGGAAGCCAUCAAAUCCAGCAGGUGGCCAAAACACAAAAUCGGGGAAAUCACAGCCCAGUUCUGCUGCUCCUGUACCAGUCUUCAAGGAGGCCCAGAGCCCUUCUUCCCCUCUUAUCUUAAUGCCCAGUCCAAUGGCUCCCCAGGCCCCUUCUAGCCCAGAGGCCUCAAGCAAUAAGGGCCCCCCACUUCCCCUGACCCAGAAGCAAGAGGGGGGUAGGGUGGAGGGAGUGGUCACUUCCUCAGCCCGGGCUGUCUCAGGGAACAUGCCCCCCUUGUCCUUGUGCCCAUCAGACUCGGGCACAGUAGCAGCACGGAAAGCGGGAUCUCCUCGGCACCGCUCCCCAAGGGGCCAAGGCCUAGUGUCCCCCAGAACACCAACCCCAAAGGUGGUCCCCUAUGCCAAAGACCAGGCCCCAGCAGGGUCCCCUGAGGUGAUUUCAAACCCGUGCUCCAGGGGGCUCUGGGGAGGGCAGGCGUCUGUGGGGGGAUCAGGACCUCAGGUGGUCCCCAAGCCCCCCACUCCCAGCCAAGUGCCUCCGGGCCCAGGCCUGUGGGCCCCAACUCUCUCCAGGGCGGGGCUGGCUGCCGCUCGCCGGGAGGAGUACAGCAUUGGGGACGUGGCCUCCCCAGCGGGACUCCGGAUGAGCCGAGAAGGUACCCAGCGGCCACCUCCCCAGGGCUCGGUGCAGUCACGCUCCAGCUCGUCUAGCGAGGCAGACCCCCUUUCACGAUGUACGGAACUGGAGGAUCUUCGGCAAGCGGCUAACAUGGCCCUGCGUCCUGCCGCUGGGGCUCUCCCCAACCACAGGGGGUCCCGCCACGAUUCUGAGAGUAAUGGCGAGUCUCUCCCCGAGCUGGAGGAGCCGGACAAUUCGGAUCUGCGGACCUCACCGCCUCAGGCCCAGCUGGCUCACCCUGUGGGAAGCGAAGAGACCAUCAACAAGGCCAAGCAGAGCCGUAGUGAGAAGAAAGCCCGAAAGGCCAUGUCAAAGCUGGGUCUACGGCAGAUCCACGGAGUCACCCGAAUCACCAUUCGGAAGUCUAAGAACAUUCUCUUUGUCAUCUCCAAACCUGAUGUCUUCAAAAGCCCUGCCUCGGACAUCUACAUAGUCUUUGGAGAGGCGAAGAUCGAGGAUCUUUCCCAGCAAGUGCACAAGGCGGCGGCAGAGAAGUUCAAGGUGCCGUCGGAACCCUCGCCCAUCAUCACAGAGACAGCCCCAGGCCUCAGCGUCAAAGAGGAGAGUGAUGAGGAGGAGGUGGAUGAGAUGGGGCUGGAGGUGCGAGACAUAGAGUUGGUGAUGGCUCAGGCCAAUGUGUCUCGAGCGAAGGCUGUCCGGGCUCUGAGACACAACAAUAAUGACAUUGUCAAUGCCAUCAUGGAGCUGACCAUGUAGCCACUGCCCUGCCCGGCCAGCUCCACCCCACUCCCCCUUUCCCCCCUGCAUCCCUCAACUUAAUGCUGCUCAAUAAACCUGUAUUCACUCCC